CAAAACGCCCAAAUCCAAAUCCCUUCUCCCUCCCGCUCCAGAUCCCCAUUUCCCAAUCCUUCCAAUUCCCCACGCCUCCAUCCCCCGAUUGAUGCAGCGCCGGCCAUGGUGCGCGAGCUCCGGGUCGACUCCUUCUACGCGCGCCUCCGCGCCGCCGCGGGCUCCUCCUCCCCGCUCCUGAUCCUCCCCUCCACCGCCGACGCCGACUCGCUCUGCGCCGUCAGGGUCCUCGCCCACGUCCUCUCCGCCGACUCCAUCCGCUUCUCCAUCUACCCCGUCGCCUCCGCCGCCAGGGCCAGGGACCUCCUCGCCUCCUUCUCCUCCGCCGCCACAGCCCCGCUCUGCUGCCUCCUCGUCAACUGGGGCGCGCACCGCGACCUCCGCCGGGUCCUGCCCCCCGCCGCCACCGCCUUCGUCGUCGACUCCCACCGCCCCGUCCACCUCCACAACCUCUGCGCGCACAACGACCGCGUCGUCGUGCUCUUCACCGCCGACGACGAGCACACCGCGGAUCUCUCCUACGACUUCGACCUCUCCUCACUCGCAGACGCCUCCGACCUCGCGGCGGAGGGGGACGCCGACGACCACCUCCGCGUCCCUCACGAGGACGACGACGACGACUCCGAUGCCUCGGAGUCAGACUCCGACGCCGAGGACGGCGGCGGCAGGAGGAAGCGGCGGCGGCUCUCCGACGACGCGGAGGCGGAAGGCGGCGACCCCGUGAGGCUGUUCGCCAAGCUGCGCCGGGAGUACUACCGCCUCGGCACCUUCCACGGCAAGCCAUCAGGCUGCCUCAUGUACGAUCUCGCCCACGCGCUGCGCAAAAACACCAACGAACUCCUCUGGCUCGCCUGCGUCGCCCUCACCGACCAGUUCGUCCACGACCGCAUCACCAACGAGCGCUACCAGGCCGCCGUCAUGGAGCUCGAGCAGCACAUCAACGGCUCGGGCAACCUCGACCCCUCCGGCCUCGGCUCCGUCGUCACGCUCAAGGACGGCACCAAGAUCCGGGCGCCGGAGACCUCCCGCAUCGCCUAUGAGGACGAGCCCAGGCUCAUGCUGCUGCGGGAGUGGAGCUUGUUCGACUCCAUGCUCUGCUCCUCCUAUGUCGCCACCAAGCUCAAGACGUGGAGUGACAAUGGUCUCAAGAAGCUCAAGCUGCUGCUGGCGAGGAUGGGGUUCCCCCUUGCCGACUGCCAGAAGAACUUCCAGUACAUGAGCAUGGAGGUCAAGCGCAAGAUGAGGGAUGAGUUUGACCGCUUCCUGCCUGAGUAUGGCCUCACUGAGUUCUACUACCGGAGCUUCUUGAGAGUGCACGGGUACAGGUCCAAGGUUUCUGCUGCUGAUGUUGUGUAUGGUGUCACAGCAUUGCUUGAAUCCCUCAAUUCCGAGUCCAAGGACUCGAAGGAGUCUUCAGCUGCUGAGCAGUUUUGGGUUGCUUACUCUGCAUUGUCACUGAGCAAUGUUGAUCAGUUGCGGAAAGGGAUGCAAUCUGCAAUUGAAAUACAGAGGGCAAUAUUGAGGCAAGGAAGCUCAGCAAUUACUAAGACGGGGUUUAUACGGAGUGCCAAGAAGUUCCGGUGGGUGAAGCUUGAUGACCCUGUCGACACUAACAAGCUCUGCCACCCUCAGGCCCUUACCAAGUUCUGCUUCUUUCUGAUGGAUGCACUGAAGGAAAGGGGUGCGAGGAUGAAGCCACUAAUCUGUGCUUGCUUGGCAAAGGAGCCUGAGAAGGUGCUGGUUGUUGGGGUAUGCGGGAAGCCAAGGCUUGGGGCUGUUCAGGGUAAUGCGUUUGGAAAUGCAUUCAGAUCAGCAGCAGAGGAGAUUGGCGCAGACUAUUUCCAUGACAUGUUUGAGUCAUCAUGGAUUGUUCUGGAUGUUGUUGCUGUCAGUUCUUUCAUGAUUCGGCUAACAGAGAAGCUAUGAUCGAAUAUCAUGAGCGUGUAACCCCGGAUGGUUCUUCCACGCUCCAAGAUGGAAGGCUCAGGCAUGAUUCUCUCUGAAUAAAGGUGCUUGAGGCCAGGUGGUACAUGCCAUGUGUUUUCCUAAAUACCAGUCCACCUGCCAUUUCACUGACAUAGUGAAAGCAGCCUGAUAGUGAUAAGCAUUCUGCUUUCGAAGUUUGAGCUGCUGACUGAUCAUGACUUCAGAAAGACAGAAACUGAGAAGAGGAUUUUCCUCUGUUUUAACUCCCCCAUUAGCAAAUGAUAGAUCUACAGAUUCAGAUGCAAACCUGAUCCUAAUGUAGAGGGGGGAAGAUGGUGGUGGUCAAUGCUGUUGGACACAGGCAUGUCUGGCUACACAACUGCCUCUGGCUUUCGCUACCAUACCAUGUUGUUACCAAUCUGUUGCGCCUCCGUUGUGUCGUCUGUUUUGUAAGUUACCCUCCUUUCUGGACACCUGCUUGAUUUUUGUUGAUACCAGUAAGGAUCACUUUCAUUAGGUUAUCAUUAAUCAUUUUUAUGCAUCACUAGCUAAACAUCGCAGUUUACUGGGCAUCUAAGGAAAGUGAAUUUCUCUGCAUUUUUUACUAAUCUUCUUCAAUAAUUCAUCUUCCCUUCAGUCAACUUUUUUUAAAAGAUUCCUCCCUCUAAUAAAACACUGCCUGAAUGUUUCCCAAUCUAACAGCUAGCAAGCACAAUUUUCCAAUGCCUAUCUCAUGUUUUCCUGUACUAGGUCUAAUGAUGAUGUCCAAUCCAACGUUCAUCAAGGUUGACGGUUGAUGGAAAACUGUUUAACUAGAUGUUGGUGCAUAGACGUCGGCUCCAUAAACAAUUGAAUCUUUGAUGAUGCCUUCACAUCCACAUAUAUAUUGUGUUCUGUUACUCUGUCCUGCCCUCUUUUGGUCGAUUUUCUUGUUGAAAAGAGUAUCAUGUGCUGUUUCUAUAGGAUAACAUCAAUUUGAUUGCAACCAGUGAUAAUUUUGGACCGUAUCUUCAGCUGA